GGCGAACGUGUCAAGGUGGAAGAUCACGCGGCAAUUCAGUUCAGUUCGAUAAACUACCGUCGAGUCCUGACUAGAGUAAAACGUGCUGUGAUGGAACUUGAACUCGAUAGUAUUCAAAUCAGGGAAGAAAAAGGCCCCAAACAUCGCAAUGGAAGGGCAUUUUCACGAAAGAUGAAACGGCGAAGAUUGGUGGACAAGAGAGGACGAAUUCAUGUGAAUUACGUGAACGUACCUGAUCGUGGGCAACUGUAUUAUCUUUCAGACCACUUCACAACUUUAAUCGAAGCUCAGUGGAGAUACGUUAUUCUCAUUUUCUCACUGUCUUUUAUAGUUAGCUGGCUGGUGUUUGGGACGAUUUGGUGGGGAAUUUACAGCUACCGCAAGAAAUACCACGACAUCGAAUGUAUUGAGAAAGUUGACUCGUGGACUUCAGCGUUCUUGUUCUCGUUAGAGACGCAAACAACGAUUGGUUAUGGAGGCCGACAAGUCACACCGCACUGUCCGGAAGGAGUAAUUUGUUUGUUAAUACAAUGUAUCAUUGGUUUGUUAAUCUCCUCCACAAUGCUAGGGCUCAUAUUUGCCAAACUUUCGCGCCCUCACAAGCGAAGAUGCACUAUUCUAUUUUCACGCCACGCUGUUAUAGGUCCGCGUAAUGGCAAACUUUACUUAAUGAUGCGAAUUGCGGAUUUGCGAAAAAGACAGCUCAUAGAGUCACACAUUCGUGUUUUUCUUAUCGAUCGAUACGUCUCGCGAGAGAAAGAAAAAAUUUGUUGUUUUAGGCAGCCUCUUUCAAUAACUUGCGACAAGGACGAUGACGAUGACGAAAAAAUAUUUUUAUUUGCGCCAGUAGUUCUGCUGCACGAAAUUAAUGAACAGAGCCCCUUUUACGAUUAUUCGCCCGAUGAUUUACUUUUAAAGGAUUUCGAAAUUGUUGUACUUUUGGAAGGGAUCGUUGAACCUACAGGAAUGACAAUGCAAGCAAGAACAUCUUACGUGGGCGAUGAAAUUCACUGGGGACAUUUGUUUGUUGACAUCAUGGAGUAUAGAGACACGUCAAUCGACGGUGGCUACUAUGACAUUGACAUCUCGCGGUUUCACGAAACUUUUGAGGUGGAACUCCCGCGAGAGACUGCUAGAGAAUUUUACAAGAGAAAACGUGAAGAGAAUGAUAGAGAACGUUCCCAGUCAAAUUCGCAACAGCGUGAAAUGAAGGAAUUGGAAAACACCAACGAAACGGACGCAGCCCCGCGCAACGAUCGCAGUGGGGUAGCCUUGAUUCCUAACGGAGAUGUGGGAAAGCAAGACGGAGUGACUAAAUUAUGA